UUCGCCAACUUCCAUCACGCGAUGGCUGCUCUCUUGUUGCAAAUUCAUCAGCCAUCCAUGUGGAUAUGGCCUUGCAAAUUCAUCAGCGAGGCAGGGUGUGAUUGAUUGAUUGCGCGAAGCUCUUGUUUGGAUUGGUUGACCGGAGUAGCGAGUGAAAUGCCCUCUCCACAGUUUAGAUUGGUUGACUUCUAUGGCUGCUUGGUUGGCAGCCAACGUGGGAGAGCGAAAUGCCACCGUGGCAUCACCGCCUCUCCUCCCUCUCCCUCUGCUGUGGUGAGGGAAGCUUCCAUCCAUCACCGCCGCCUCCCGCCACCAUCCGGAUCUACGGACGGCGGCGGGGGCGAGCCGCGGCCGGCCUGUUGCGGGAGAUGGCGGAGUUGCCGGCCGCGAGGGCGCGAACACCCAGGGCCGCGCCGCCGCUCUCGGCCUCCUCGGCUCCACCUCCGCGGCGUCGAGACGAACCGGGCAGGGCGCCGCGCCACCUCCUCCUCGCCGUCAACGAUCUCCAGGCUCCACCACCUCUCACAUGAGUCUGCUAUGGGAACAGAUUGUGCUGUAAUAGCUACACAGCCGAGCGAAAUUGAGGAUGCUCUUCAUUUAGCUCGUCAUUUGUAUUUAUCAGUGGAUCAACCGGAAAUUCUUCUGAAUGCUUCCCUAGAGAAAGGAUCUCCAGUUUUCCAAACAUUGAUAUGUGAUGGACAUGUAUUUCAAGAUAUGAAGAUAUUAUCAAAAUACAACUCUAUCAGAGCUUUAAAGAUCAACCGAGGCUCAUUCCUAAGGCCAAAAUAUCUUCAUCACCUAAGGUAUCUUGAUCUCUCAGAAAGUGAUAUUAGAGCACUUCCUGAAGACAUUAGCAUCCUAUAUCAUCUGCAAACACUAGACCUUUUUGAUUGUGGUGAUCUUCAGCGACUUCCAAAGGAACUGAAGUAUUUGACUUCCCUCCGUCACCUCUAUAGUCACAAAUGUCCAAAGUUGAAAAGCAUGCCCGCAGAGCUCGGACACCUCACUUCCCUGCAGACACUUACAUGCUUUGUUGUAGGUACUGACUCCGAUUGCAGUAAUGUGGGAGAGCUGCAGAAUUUGGACCUUGGCGGUAAACUAGAGCUAAGACAGCUCGAAAAUGUGACAGGAGCAAAUGUUGCACAAGCUGCAAGUCUUGCAAAUAAGAAAAAACUGACUGAACUGGAGUUAGUAUGGACUGAUAGUGACCAGGAGGCACUGAAUAAUAAUCAUGAAGAGGUGGUGGAAGGUCUCAAACCUCAUGAUGGGCUGAAGGUCCUGAGGAUAUAUUCUUGUGGGAGAAGUACUUUGCCAACGUGGAUUAAUAUUUUGAAUGGCAUGAUGGAGCUUAAGUUAUCAGGUUGCAAAAAGCUCGAGAAGCUUCCUGCACUCUGGCAAUUACCAGUUCUGGAAAUUCUUCACCUGGUAGAAUUGGAGAGCUUACAUUGUUUGUGCAGUAGCGCUACUACACCUGUCACAUUUCAAUAACUGAAGGUGCUUACCUUGAUUCGGAUGCAUAAA